UGCCUUGACUUCUUUACAUUAGCGCUUGCGCAGACCAUCAUGAUUCAUGUCAGAGCGCGAUGAUGGUCUCAGGUCUAUGAUAUAUAAGUCUUGUUUCGAUGCUGUUUUGAAAACGCACUGUUGCAGGUUCAUUGGAAGGCACAAUUAUUGUAGAAGAGAUAUCCUUUUCAUAGCAACUUCACAGAAACAUCUUCUGUCACAGUUAAACUCAGAUUCCUCCCAAUCUCCUGAGAUGAAGGUGAAUGUCUUCGUUUUCGCCGUGGCUCUACUUGGUGCCUUCCAACCUCGCUAUGAAUGUAGAGCUAUUGAAACCACCUGGGCGGUCCAUCCAUCCCACAAUCUACAGGCAGAGCUGCAACAGCAACUCCCUAUUCUUCUGCGACUAGGAGAGGAAUACUUAAUUCGGCUAGACAACGCCAAUCAAAAUUCGCUCCAGUCCUCCUCGCCGAACACAUCUCCUGGAGCUGCUGCGCCCUCAACAACGGUCAACAGGGCUUUACAACUUCAGCUCACGCAGCGCCUUCUGCAAGGUAAAGUCGGUGACAUCAAUCGGUUUCUGAACAGCUACGCUAACCAGAUGGGUGAUUCCAUGGAAAGAGGAAAGAGGUCCGGGCCGGGCGAAGAGCCACCGAUCUCUUUGGACCUGACGUUCCACCUGCUGAGGGAAGUUCUAGAAAUGGCUCGAGCCGAGCAAUUAGCACAGCAGGCAAAUAAUAACCGAAAAAUGAUGGACAUAUUCGGGAAAUGA